AUGUGGGUUUUCUAUUUGGUUUCGCUGCCCUUAACCAUGGCGCUGGUGGCAAUCACGCUUCGUUACUUUGCCGGCCCUGACGUUCCUCGCUACGUCCACUUAACUGUGGGCUACACCUGGUUUUGCUCCAUUUCCAUCAUCAUCCUCGUCCCCGCUGAUAUCUGGGCUGCUUUUGUAGGUCAUGACAAAGGUGGAAUUUCCUUUUUCUGGAGCUGGUCUUACUGGAGUACGUUUUUGCUCACCUGGGCUGUGGUGCCUGUAAUUCAGGGUUAUGAAGAUGCUGGAGACUUCACUGUUUCAGAAAGAUUGAAGACCAGUGCUCAUGUAAACUUGGUCUACUACUUGAUUGUGGGUUCUAUUGCAUUCUGUGGAGUUAUAUUGCUCAUUGUUUUGCGUAAAAACUGGACUGGAAGUAUUCUUGGUUUUGCUAUGGCUUGCUCCAACACAUUUGGCCUUGUAACUGGUGCUUUUCUUCUUGGCUUUGCUUUAAGUGAAAUACCAAGGGGUAUUUGGAGAGAUGCUGAUUGGACCACUCGUCGAAAGGUUCUUUCUCAUAAAGUGGCUAAAAUGGCUGUUAAACUCGAUGAUGCUCAUCAAGAUUUUUCGAAUGCCAUUGUUCUUGAUGAAGAUCCCUCUUUCAAACCCCAAGGUGGAAGAUUUGGUGAGAAUGAUAUGGACUAUGAUACUGAUAACAAAACAAUGGCAGCACUGAGGCGUCAUCUUAAAAGAACUCGAGAGCAGUACUACCAGUACAGGAGUGAGUAUGUGAAAUUUGUCACAGAAGCGAUUGAGUUGGAAGAUACCAUAAAGAGUUAUGAGCACCCCAGUGCCACCGGAUGGAAAUAUGUUUCAAGCUUUCGGUCUGAAAGAAGUGGCAAACUAGGGUCUGUUUUCGAUGUGGUUGAGUUGGUUUGGCGCUCUAUACUCAGAAAACAGCUGCAGAGAUUUCUAGCUUUGGUGUUGGGUUCCAUGUCAGCCGCAAUUCUUCUAGCUGAGGCAACUAUACUUCCUAAGGGUGUUGAUUUAUCUCUAUUCUCACUGCUGAUAAAUGCUGUGCAAAAACAUGAGGUGCUAGUGCAGGCAGCUGCUUUUGUUCCAUUGUUGUACAUGUGCAUUUGCACAUAUUAUUCUCUGUUCAAGAUUGGAAUGUUGACUUUUUACUCUCUUACACCAAGGCAAACAAGCUCAGUCAGCUUGCUUAUGAUAUGCUCGAUGGUUGCUCGCUAUGCUCCACCAAUCUCUUAUAAUUUCCUCAACCUUAUUCAGCUAAACAAUGGUGCAAAGACCAUCUUCGAGAAGAGGAUGGGAAACAUAGAUGAUGCUGUCCCUUUCUUUGGAAAAGGAUUCAACAAGAUUUAUCCAUUAAUAAUGGUCAUAUACACCAUAUUGAUAGCAAGCAACUUUUUUGAUCGAAUGCUCAAUUAUUUUGGCAACUGGAAAAUAUUCAGAUACCAGAAUGAGGAAGCGGAUGAUCCAGAUGGGUUUGAUCCUUCUGGAUUAAUUAUUUUGCAGAGAGAACGGUCUUGGAUUGAACAAGGGCAUAAAGUUGGUGAACUUGUCAUUCCAUUAGCUAGAAGUUUCAGCAAUACAAGCAUAGAUCUUGAGUCUGGCUCCAGCCACAAGGUGUCCGGCUCCUAUGAGGAGAAAACUUCAUCCAGCUUGAAGCCAGGGGCACGACAUGACUCGAGCAAGAAGUAUACAGCCAUAAGGGGGAAAGAAAUCAAUCUCAAUAGAGAAUCUGGUUUGCCUUCACCUGACGAAGAAUAUUCGCAAAGUCAGGAUGAUGAACCAUCUUCUGGAGCAUCCACUUGGCAAUCAGUGAAGAUGGGCUUCCGCAAUUUCAAGAACAAUAUUGAUGCGAAAAAGUUCAUGCCAUUACGGCAAGUUCAAGGUACAAGACACUCGCAGGUUUCCUCCUCUGAAUCCCUGGACGAAAUAUUUGCGAGGAUAAAACGGCCUAUUUUAGACCAUAGGAAUUUUGAUGGUGAAGGAGAUGAGCUGUAUUGA